UCGAAUUGUGGGACUCGCGGGCUGGUUGGCGAUGGCAGCGGACGACGGGCGUGGGACCUCUACUUCAGGACUGUCGUUCGCGAUGGCUCCGACACCUUUGUACGCGCCGAAAAGUGUGUGGCAGCCCAAAAGAACUGCGGUACCAUCGCACGGCUCUGGAGUCCUGUAGUUGGGGCAGCUCAAUCUGGGCGGACGUUCCAGUUUGAGUACAAGCUGUUUGGGGACAACCGCGUCUACUUGAGUCUCUGGCAGAAGCUACCCAAAAGAAAUGACCUCCUUCGGAUCUGGGAAGACUGGGCCAGUUGGAGGUUCCAAUUCCCCGACAGUUGGACUGCCAUGAGUGUCCACAUACCUGAUUCACGAGGACAUCCAUUCCAGCUUGGUUUUGAAGGAAUGGUCGCUUUUGAAAGGGUCUUCAUUGCCAUUAAGGGCAUUACAUAUUCAGAAAAUGGAUCAACGGUAACCUCUCUGCCACCAACGCAAAUUACAGUACCGACCGAGGUCUCUACUACUACACCACCAGUCACCACACUACGAAGUACAACACAAGUGUUGACAGGUCCACCUUCUACUGAAGCAUCAUCCACUACAUCACCUGCAGCAACGGUUACGCCAAUGGCAUCACUGGUACCAGAUACUACAUCUUCCAUGGAAGACGUAACGACCACACCCCUCACUACAGGGGCUGAAACUACUAUUUCUGAAAUCACCAGCACCACAGUUGACCCUGCUGGAACGGAAACUUCUACAGCACCAGACAUCCUUUCUACAUCAACGCCAAUUUUCUCUGUAGAACUUACAAGCGAGAUAAAGUCUACAACUACACAUGCGAGCACAGUUGAAACAACAUUAACAGCAGUAACAGAAGUAUCGACUACACCUACGACUAAGGGUGACGUCUUGAUUACCACAAGAAUGCUUGCAUCUACAACUGAAGAUUUCACAUCUACAACCAAAAUUACAGAAACCGCAUCUCCAUUUACUGAAAAUUCCACCAUGCCACCAUCUACUUUGAUAACAUGGUCAACCACGGAAGUCAUGUCACCCAAAUCUAGUGAACUGGCUACUACCACUACCAUCGGCCCUGCGUCUACGACUGCUGAGUAUGCUGCAACCACCACACUUGAUCCUUCAAACAUAGGCACAACUGAGGCCUUAUCAUCAAUCACAAAUGUUAAGAUGCCAACAACUUCAACUACUGAAAUCGUAACUCAACCAAUAAUAACGGAAGUUUCAACAUCUACAUCUACCAAAACCCCAACAAGUGAAACUAUAGAAGUCGAAACUAGUACUCAAAUCCAGACCACAGAAGUUACAAAACUUACUACUACUGAAUUCCAAACUAUAACUCCCCCAACUAAUGGUGUCCAAACAAUUGAAACAACCAUUUUUGAAGCAACUACAACACUGCAUACUAUGAAUGCUCCAACAGAUGAAACUACAACUGAAGUUACUACUGCACCCAUAACUACUGAAAUUACAACUAUUGAAGCCACUAGGGCACCAUUAACCACAAAAGAUUUAACACGACUGUCACUACAACGACCGAAAUUACUGAAGGCACAACAGCUGAAGAUGUAA